AUGGGUAACUGCUGCCCGGGUUCUGGGGAUGCGGAGCCCGCCGCCGCCGCCUCCGCUUCCUCCGACCCAUCCACCCGCCGCUCCGGCGCGUCCAUCAAGGCCGGCGCGUCCCCCUCCUCGGCGCCCGCGCAGAACAAGCCGCCGGCCCCCCUCGGCCCCGUGCUCGGCCGCCCCAUGGAGGACGUGCGCAGCAUCUACACCAUCGGCAAGGAGCUCGGCCGCGGCCAGUUCGGCGUGACCAGCCUCUGCACGCACAAGGCCACGGGCGAGAAGUUCGCGUGCAAGACCAUCGCCAAGCGGAAGCUGUCCACCAAGGAGGACGUGGAGGACGUGCGGCGCGAGGUGCAGAUCAUGUACCACCUUGCCGGCCAGCCCAACGUGGUGGAGCUCAAGGGCGCCUACGAGGACAAGCAGUCGGUGCACCUCGUCAUGGAGCUCUGCGCCGGCGGGGAGCUCUUCGACCGGAUCAUCGGCAAGGGCAAGUACACGGAGCGCGCCGCCGCAUCGCUGCUCCGCACCAUCGUCGAGAUCAUCCACACCUGCCACUCCCUCGGCGUCAUCCACCGCGACCUCAAGCCCGAGAACUUCCUCCUCCUCAGCAAGGAAGAGGACGCCACGCUCAAGGCCACCGACUUCGGGCUCUCCGUCUUCUUCAAGCAAGGGGAGGUGUUCAAGGACAUCGUUGGCAGCGCCUACUACAUCGCGCCGGAGGUACUGAAGCGGAGCUACGGGCCCGAGGCGGACAUCUGGAGCGUCGGAGUCAUCCUGUACAUCCUUCUCUGCGGUGUUCCUCCCUUCUGGGCAGAAUCGGAGCACGGCAUCUUCAAUUCCAUCCUGCGGGGGCAGGUGGACUUCACCAGCGACCCGUGGCCGCGCAUCUCGUCCGGCGCCAAGGACCUCGUCAGGAAGAUGCUCAACUCUGACCCCAAGAAGAGAAUUUCUGCCUACGAUGUCCUCAACCAUCCUUGGAUCAAGGAAGACGGCGAGGCGCCCGACACACCACUGGACAACGCCGUCAUGAACAGGCUCAAGCAGUUCAGGGCUAUGAACCAGUUCAAGAAAGCAGCGCUAAGGGUCAUCGCCGGAUGCCUGUCAGAGGAAGAGAUAAGAGGGCUGAAGGAGAUGUUCAAGAGCAUGGACGCCGACAACAGCGGGACGAUCACCGUGGACGAACUCCGGCGAGGUCUGUCCAAAGAGGGGACCAAGCUCACGGAGGCCGAAGUGGAGCAGCUCAUGGAAGCCGCCGACGCGGACGGGAACGGCACGAUCGACUACGAGGAGUUCAUCACGGCGACGAUGCACAUGAACAGGAUGGACAGGGAAGAGCACCUCUACACCGCGUUCCAGUACUUCGACAAGGACAACAGCGGCUGCAUUUCCAAGGAGGAGCUCGAGCAGGCGCUGAGGGAGAAGGGACUCCUGGAUGGCAGAGACAUCAAGGACAUCAUAGCCGAGGUCGACGCCGACAACGACGGAAGGAUCGACUACAGCGAGUUCGCGGCGAUGAUGAGGAAAGGGAACCCGGAGAUCCCCAAGAAGCGACGCGACGUCGUGCUAUAGGAGAGGAGAGCGAUCGAUGGAUCCAGGAGCCAUCGAGCGAGCACUCGGCAUCUGGUCCCUAUCUACCGAUCGACCGUCGUAUCGAGCAAUGCCACGACGCAGGUGGCGUAGGUGCCCGCAGACGGCGGGGAAGAAGCAGCUAGCCUCGCUUAUGUGACGUGCGACAGACGGUGGGUGUGGUCAGUGUGAUGCGUUUCCUUCUGUGUGCUCACCCCGGCUAGCUCGUGUUAGAACUGUUCGUAUGUGCUUGUCGAUUUGUUAACGGUUCUUGGGUGUUAGUGACCGCCUCUCGACUUACGACGACGAUCAUAACAAGUGUAUACUUUCCAGAUGUAAGAGAAGGGA